AAAUUCAAAGAUCGAAUAGUUUAUUAAUCUAUUCAAUAGAUGGCGACACAUUCGGGCGAAUCUAAGCUUAGGCUUAUGAAGUGUUAAUUUUGGUUCCUAAUAAUUAUUUCGUUAAUUUUAACAAUCAAAGUUUUCUAAUUGAUCUAAUUUGGAUUUAAAGUGUUUGUGAAGGUGUAAGGAUCAAAAAAUAAAAGAAUUCGAAAUAUGUCUGAAUUAAACAUAGACAAAUUUGUGAGAAAAAUAAACAACCGGGUUCCGACACGGAAAGAUUAUUUUACGGAAAUCGCGAAGAUUCCGACCAGAGAAUUGACAACAAUAAUAAGGAACAUUUCAACAGUUUAUGAAGAACUUGAGAAGAAAACUAUUUCAAUCAGUCAAUCGGCAAUUGGAAAGAUGUCCCAUAUUAUUACAUAUGCUAGGGACAAUAUGGAAAAGCUGAAUCUCUUGGAAGCGGAAGUCGACAUCAUAAAAUCUUUUUCAGAAGAUAAAUUUGUCCGAACUCCUCCAGUUACAACAAUUGAAAAAGAACCGAUUAACACCUACUCGAGAAGUGAUAUUGUGUCUCCAUGUGAAUCAGUAACUGGGGACUCAGAAAUAUCUGAGUUAAUAAAUAAAACAUCAGAUGAACCAGGUCCUUCGUGGAGAAAAGAUGAUGAAAUAUCCAUUCCAUCGAUAUCUGGUAUUCAAUUACCAAAGACAACAGUUAUUGACGAAGAUGAUUUAAAUGAUGAACAACUGGAAGAAGAGGCAGUUAUGGAUAUUGAUUCGGAUCAACCAGAGAGACAACUGAAGAGAAAAUUUGGAACUAUCGACCUUCACCGAGAAAAUGUAAAAGUCAGAUUAGACAACGUCAGAAAAGUAAAAAAAGUGUUUCAUCGGGUAGAGGAUAAACCAAUACCUGAUAAAUGGAAACCCUGGUCGACCGCAUUAAUGGAACCAUUAAUAUUGAUAAAUCACCCAUCGAUUCCACCAUUUAAAUUGCUGGUUGAAAUAUCUCAAGCACUGAAAUCGAAAGCACUGGAAGCGUUUCCAGCCAGAAUAAUACGUGGUAGAGAUGCCGUACGAGUUGUAUGUUCAGAUCUACAAGAUAUACAACUGGCUCGGAAAUCGCUAUUGGAGUGGCGUUCAGAUCUCAUUAUUAAAAAACCGAGUUGUUACGAUCCCAAGGUAAAAAUGGCAAAAAUCCCAAAAAUUAUUGAGACAGAUGAAGAAGCAGUUAAAUUGGUGGAUGAGAUAAUGAUCCAAAACGGAGCGGGUGGAAAAGGCAAUUGGUCAUUUGUUCAUCGCCUAGUAAAUAGACCGAUAAGAAAAACCGAUAUUAUCAUCAGCAUAACACCAAGAAUACGUGAUUUCGUACAAGAAAGAAGAGGAAAAUUUUUUUACGAUUUCAAAGAAAUAAUAAUCACCGAUUUUUUUCAUGUUCGCAUGUGCUAUCGCUGCUUUUCUUAUGAACACAUCGCUAAAAUGUGCAAAAAUCAACUUCGCUGCCAAUAUUGCACUGGUUCACACGACAGUAAAACCUGUGGAGUUAAAAAUCAACCUCAAUCAUAUCAAUGUGACGUAUGUAAACAAAAAGGUAAUCCCAAUAUUAAUCACACACCAUUUGAUUGGGAAUGUCAAGAAUAUCAAAAAAGAUUGAGACAAGCGAUCCAACUAGUCAAUUACGACUAUCAAUGGAUCAUGAGGGAAUGAACUGAAGAUACGAUUGAGGAUAAAUAACGAAUCAUUCACAAAAAUUAAUGAAUGAAGUUUAAUUAUUACAAAUCAUCCAAUUUGGUUACUUGUUAAUAGAAUAUUAAUAAGGAUCAUGAAUACAUCAAGAAAUUAGACUGAACAAUUUCAUAUUAUUAUUACUUUUCUCACUCUACAUUAAUU